AUGCAGGCAUGGUACCAAUUCGGAUACGACGGUUUCCCGUCUGGGGACGCACGGCGUCGCUUCUACUGCCAACGUGACGACCCGUGUGAUAGCGAGGAGGAGCAAGAGGGGUACGACGGCAACGACCGACCAAUCUACUACUAUCCUAUGCGUGACAGCGAGGAGGCUUCAAUCGCAAGCGCCCCAAUAGCGGAAGAGGAGGAGGAUGCGUUACUACAGCAACUCCCUACAAGUCCGUUUCCGAUUAAUAUAUCUGUCUGCAAUGAAAUUUUGGGUAGGUGUGGUGCUGAUGUUGUGCCACUAAGGACGAUUUGCGGUGACACUAGUGCGGGGGAGGAGGUUUACUUCUUCGUGCAUGGCGGUGCGUUAACAGCAACCGGACGCGUUACGAAUGCAUCGGAGGUGGUUCGUAUCAAGGGAUGCACGGGCGGCAAGGAAUCGGGUGAAGCGGUGACUUCCGUGGCCACGGAUGCUUCACUGGCGGAAGUUAUUUUUUCGGUGUGUGGAGGCAAUCCCAUUUUUCACGAGUUGUACAUGGGUACCAGUUCCUCCUCCUCACCGCCAGCGCGUUUUGGGCACUGCACGGUUGGCAUCCAAGCCCCUCCUUGGGUUGAAGCGCUUUCUUCCCGUUGCCGCAGCGAUUGUGAGUUGUAUUUAUCGUUAGUCAUUGGUGGUGCCUUUGUUGACCAGGUUCCGAAGUCUUUCCACGAUGUUAUUGCACGUGAUUCUGUGCUGUGCGAACCAUGGUUAUGCGCAACAGUCCUUAAAGGUAACCUGGGCUCCCCGGGGGCCGAUGGGAUCCGCGAAAAGAGACAGCGGCCCUUGACUGAGGUAUGUGAAGAACCUAAACAAUACACACUGCAUGCUCCCCUGCCUGGAAUGACGGGACUCACCUCCACACCGCGAUUAUUUGCCACUUUAACACCAUGGCCAGUUGCCCAUCGUGAUCCAAUUAUUACCUCCUACGCGUAUAUGGGCGGUAGUCUUAACGGUUGGGACCCGUUACCUUUAUUUGGGCUGUGGUUGCUGCAUGUUGACACUUUCAACUGGAGUGUUUCGGUUUCUUUGCUUGAGACGCUAGGCGAGGAACCACCUUCACGCUUUGGACACUCCGCUACCCUUGUUAAUGAAAAGGAAAUAUAUGUGUUUGGUGGCAUCGGCACCCGCCGCACUUACUUGAAUGACCUCAUGGUUUUAAACUGCACAACGAAGGUAUGGCGGGAGGUGUACGCACCUUCUUGUUUCUCCAUACCUCCCCGAGCAUUCCAUAGCAGCGCUUUGCUUCCGGGUAACUGCACCGUAGUUAUUGUUGGAGGUGAGGCAGAAGGUCGUCACGAAUCUAGUGUCUGGAGGUACGAUGUAACCCGUGGUGAUUGGCGUUUGUUGUCAUUCCCAUUACUUGAGCGUGCUUUGCGCCCCCCUCGUGGGGCAUGUGGUGCUUCCCAAACGGGCUGCACUGUCUCAGCCACCCGGUUGCUGUGCGAGCGGGAGCGACUAACAUCAGAGGGGAAAAAUUCACUCGACGACGCACGGCAAAUACGCGUGGAUCAUUCUGAUAUGAGUUCGUCCAACCGACCCAGCAGUGGUGAAAUGCCACGGUCGACGACAUCGGGCGUGCAUGUGACUAGCCGCACAUUCUGUUCCUCUGGACCGUCGAUGGGUGGAGAUACCCCCAACUCCCCUCUAGGUGUCUACUAUUUCGCAGCCAUGCAUGGGUCUCAGCCCCAGGUGUUUACUGUAAAGGAUGGCACGUUGGUGCUGGGUGGCACGAAGUCUCCCGGCGUAGCUUCGCUUAGCUGGAUUCCAGCACGGACCUACUCGCUUAAGGAGUGCGCAGCUCUAUGGAUUUGCACUCAUCGGGAGGGAUUUUUGGAGGAAGCGGGGUGCCGGCUCCGAUCACCCUGUGAUGAGGUUAGCCAAUCUGAGGCAUGCCACUACGGUAAGAGUCCGGUUGAGGGGUGCUGCGCUUCGUUAGUGGACCGCUCGCUUGCGGAGGAUCAGCUUGACAAAUGGCAACGUAGCGCCCGGAAGCGACUUCGUGGCCAAUGA